CAUCAGUUUAUUAAAUAAAGGCGAGCAGAAUGGUUCGCCCUUCCAUAUUGUGCUUGCUUCUGGGUCUGUACACAGUGGAGGCACUUUUUUGUGGCACCUCCAACUUAAAGGAGUGUGUACCCCAUUACUUAUGCAGGAAUGGCAACGGAAACGGAAAACCCGUCAAAACGUUUCGAAGUCUAGCAGAAGGCAACAAUGGAUGUCCUGCCGCCCAAACCUGCUGUCCCAGGACGGAAAUAUUACAAUAUGCGGCCCCGGUACCGGUGCCCGGUCCAAGUGGUCUCCCCGCAUGUGGCCACGCAAACCGUGACGGCCUGACCUUCACCAUCGCCAAUUCUGGGGACACCGCCCAGGAAGCGGAACUGCCUUGGAUGGUGAUUCUGCUAACUGCCCGAUCCCUCGAAACGGUCGGAGGUGGCUCCCUGAUCAAACCGGAUGUGGUACUCUCAAACACCGAAAAGACCAUAGACUACAUAGAAAGCCAGCUCAUUGUGCGGGCUGGCGAAUGGGAUCUCAGUUCUAACGCCGAGCAUGGGAAACAUGAGGAUGUGGCCAUCAGGAAGAUCGUGCGCCACCCGGACUUUCAUAAUGAAACAGGAGCCUACAACGUGGCCCUUUUGUUUCUCGAAAGACCACUUCAACUAACCAGCCAUAUAAAUCUCAUCUGCCUCCCGCCGCCGAAUCGGGCGUUUAUCUUUAAUCGCUGCAUUGUCAGUGGCUGGGGUAAGAGGAAUAUCCACGAUAUGAGUUACAUGAAUCUCCUGAAGAAGAUCGAGGUGCCGUUGGUGCAAAGCUACACGUGCGAGCAGCAACUGCGAAUGUAUGACCCAACCUUCAAUCUCCAUGACAGCCUUAUAUGCGCCGGCGGAGAAAUCGGCAAGGAUUCGUGUGAGGGCGACGGGGGAGCCCCAUUGGCCUGCCCGGUCCAAGGUUAUCCCAAUCGGUACGAGCAGGUCGGCAUCGUCAACUUCGGAUACGGAUGCGGAGGUGCAAUCCCUGCGGCCUACACUGAUGUUUCCAAAAUGCGGCCCUGGAUUGACCAUCAGAUCCAAGAGAAUUCAGUCGGUUCAGGAGGUAGAGUUGAUGACAGUAUAAACUAUCCAAGUCAAGGUACAUUUACUAACAAUGAAAUCCAAAGUCCUGUUCGAAUUCCAGGGCACGGUUCAGGGGGUAAACUUGUUACCACUAUAAAAUAUCCAAGUCAAGGUAACAAUGUAAUCCAAAGUCCUGUUCGAUUUCAAGGACACGACCAAGGUGCAUUAGUCAACAAUGCAAAUGAUCCAAAUGGAUACCAAGGACCGGUUCAAGGACAAGGACGCGACAAAAUCAAUUUUAUAAGCAAUAAAUAUGGUCCAAAUGGAUACCAAGGACCUGGGCAAGGACAAGGAUACGGACAAGGAAUACAAGAACCUUUUCAAGGACAAGGACAAGGACAAAAUGCAUUUGUUAACAACGGAUUCCAUCAUAAUGGAUACCAACGACAGGGACAAGGUCACACAACUAUUGGACCCUUAUACGAUAUGCAGCCUGUUCAAGGAGGUAGAGGAGAAGGAGAGAUAAGUGGUAACAAUAUAUAUGGUUUAAAUCAAUACCAAAGACAAGGUACAAGUACAAGCUAUGGAUACCAAGGAACUCUCCAAGGAGCACCAGGAACAAAUGGAAAUAUGAAUCAAAACAUAUACCAAACGUCAAAUGUAGGUGGCAGCAGAUAUGAUGGAGCACAAGGGAUCAUUCCAGCAGGAGGCGGAGCUGGUUUUUCAGGCGCGGGACAUAAUUAUAAUAUAGGUGGCGGUGAUCCGGAGCGAUUCGGUGGCGGUCAUAAAUUGAAUAACGAUGAAAUAAUUGAAAACCCCAAAAAGGAUAAUACUAUCACAUUUGAGAAUAUACCGACAACAACCACUCCGAUUGCAGCCGUGGAUAUGCAAAUAGUAGAUGCAUAAUAUAUUUAAUUUCCUCUGUCAACCAUGCAUUAAGUCUUAAUUAAAAAGAAAUUAUUCAACUGGCCAGAACAAGAUUUUAAAAAUAUGAGUUUGUAACAAUUUUUUUUUGUUUUUAGGGUCACGACCAGGACUUUUCAUUUUUCUAUAACAGUAUAUUUCGUAUAGUAAUCAUAGACUUACUAUACGAAAUAUACCGUCAACUAUGCAGUCAAAAUUUGUAAAAAAUAAAUGUUUACUAAGAACGGAUUUUUUAUUUA